AUGAUCUAUCAAGAACAGAUAAUCUCACGCCUUGCCAGAGAGAGUUCCAAGUAUGCUAUUCGGCUGCGAGCUGUUUACAGAGCUACAUACUUUGAUAAGAUAAUGCGCAUAGUUAAGGCUGCGGCAGGUGCGGGCGACGCCGGCGUGCGCCACACUGCGCCGGCGGCGCUUGCAUCAUACCAGAUUAUUACACCUUCUUAUUUGACUAUUCAAGGUCUUGCUGCGCUAACUUGGCUCGCGGGAAAAGACUCGAAGCGCGCUGAGGUCGACACACUUACCUACGAAACUUGGCUCCAUUUUCUCCGAGCCUUAUCCGUCUUCUGCGGUCCCUUUUCAAUCCAGUUUGUGUGA